AUGAACACUCUGAACCCUUUCACUGACUUACUGGAUCUGGUCUUACUGGAUCUCACUUUCCACUGGGAAGUGGCUUCUGUCCCGGUUGCCAGCUUGUGCCCUCUCCUGUCCUGUGACCUGCAAGGGCUCUCAAGCUGCCCCACAGUGGCCUCUGCCAGCACAGUGCUGCUGGUCUCUGACCCCAGGUACAUGUUGCAUUGGCAGGGCACGCUGGAGCUGGCAGACUUUCCCCUGCAGAAGGGCUCCGUGGAGCUCCUCAAGCAGAGAUGGGAGUCCAGCAGUGCUACAAGACCUGGCCCAACACUCUGGUGCUCGCCAGCCCCGCAGUCCCUGGUGCCGGGUAAGAUCAGCUGCAGCAGCACCGCGGAGAAAGUGCCGGCAGACAGCAGGAGGGCAGAUGUGUUGAAGGAGGAGACUCUAGGUGGCCCUCAGCAGACCGAGCACUUCCCCAUCACUGUGGAGGAGCUGCGGAGCCACUUUGAGGCCCUGGGUGGCAAGAAGGAAACAGAAAGUGAGAGAAGAUCACUUUCAUCAACAUCGAAGAGUCAGCCUGGCAGCCAUUCUGUCAUUUCUCUGAAGGAGUCUAGUGUGAAAAGAGGGAGAGCAAUAUUUGAAAAGAUGUCAUCAGAAAAUGGCCACAGCAAUCGCUCUGAAGUGGGUUUUGGCAAACUUGUAAGAGGACUACCUAAAGAGAGCACUCCCAGGGCUGAUGGUACACCGCUGGAUUUCCAAGAGACUCUGUCCUUGAAAGAAAGAAUGGCUAUGUACAAGGCUGCUGUGUCCGAGAAAGAGAGUAACAACUCCUUUGCUCAUACUACAGAGAAAACCAAGUUCUGUACUGUGCCCGGUGGCCUGGCAGCAGUGAGAAAACAAUUUGAGAAAGCGCAGAUGACCUCUUUACAAAAGACCUUUGCUCAGUACCAGCACCACCACAAAUCUGUACAGGCAGCAGCCAUUGCUCAUAGGUCUCUUCAUUUUACAAGAGAUUGGUUCCUUGUGAAAGGUGCCGUAUUACCAGUAGGAUGGACUAAACUCUUGUCCAGAAUGGAAAUGUCAAGUAGCAGUCAGCGCACAGUAUCAAGCAGCACAAGGGAAGCUGAGUGCAAUGCAAUGACCUCCAAAGAAAGUCAAAUGGAAGCCUCUCAAACACAUGAGGUUUCUCAUCACGAGGAAGUUACUCUUGAGACAAAAAUGGCAUCUACGUUCAUUCAGCACAUUGAUGAACCAGUAAUCAAUGCAGCUCAGAACGAAGAGCUCCCAAAGACUGUAACACAGAUUUUAAAACAACAGAUUGAAAGGACAGCUCAGGAAAAGGCUGUUCACUCUGACAGAGAGACUGCAGCACCUGCAAAAGAAGUAAAGAAACUGCAGAUUCAGGAAAAUGAAACAUGCAGACUCUGUCAACAGAGAGUUUACCCAAUGGAAUGCCUAGUUGCCGACAAGCAGAAUUUUCAUAAAUUAUGUUUCCGAUGUCACCACUGUGGCACUCAAUUAAGCUUGGGAAAUUAUGCAUCUCUCCAUGGAAAAAUAUACUGUAAACCCCAUUUUAAGCAACUUUUCAAAUCAAAAGGAAAUUAUGAUGAAGGUUUUGGACACAAGCAGCAUAAAGAAUUAUGGAAUUCUAAAGAUCAAUGCAUCUCCGUUGGCAAUACUCAUGCUGAAGAAACAAAUCCCAUUAAUAGUAUACCUGUUGAUCCUAAACCAAUUACAGAAAUUGAUCAAGACUUGUACUUAGGUACUGAAGGUAUUAAUCCUGAUAUUUUUGAUAAUAAUUUGAAAAAAUCCACAGAAAGAGUUAAGUUAAAGAUGGCAUGGCCACCUUCAACAGAUGAUGCAACACCUAAGAAAACAUUUUCUAUUGAAGAAGUGGCUAAAGUAAAUAAGCCGAAGUGGCCCCCAGAAGGUUUUGCUCAAGAGGGUUCUAGUUUACAUGCAAACAACCCUCUGGGCAAUAAAAAGGAUCCUCAGAAAAAACAUGCUGUGAGAGAGCAAAAUAAAAACGACACUGCGAAUGCACAAAAAAACCAACACUCAUCCUUUAGCCCUCUGUCUGAAAAAGAAGCUACGAAUAUCUGUAAACCAAGAAAAAAUGAAGCAGGCAAUAACAGAAAAGAUGAGGAAAGCAAAAAGGAUAUUAAUGAAGGUGAUAAUGUGAUUGUGCAUAGUACUGGGAAAGAGCAAGAGAAAAAAAAUAAUGAAACUGAUGAUUCAGAAGUUGUACAGGUUACUAACAUCGAUGAUGUAACAGUACAAAAGAAUCACAAAGAAUUCAGCUUGAAUAAUAACAACAACAACAACGCCACUUUUUCACAUCCAAACAUUUGUAGGCAGGAAACAACUCUCUCAGCUACAUCUAAGCCAAUGACAGCACUAAGUCAUGCAAUUUGCACUGUAUCGCAGCAUGCCUUUGCAAAGCCAGAAAAUCAGUCUGGAAAUGAAGAAAUAUUGGAGAUGUAUGAAUCUCAUGAGAGCUAUUCUAAUGAUACUGUAACUGUUUCAUGGGAUGAACAAAACUCAGAAGAUGAAGAUGCUGUUGCCUCUAAUAGUCUUGCUCAAUUUAAUAAAGAUGCCACUUGUCAGAAGUCUAAUACUAAUAGUGCAUUAGCUUUAAAGGAAGCAACUAAUACAACAUUCCCUGUUGAUAUUGAGUUGGUAUGCAUUGGAGAAGAAUCAAAAUAUGACAAAAUUCUAAAUACUAUUUUAUCUGGCACUCUGAAAACAUCUUUUCUUAAAAAAGACAACCUGGUUUUAAACUGUGGUCUAAUAGAGUCUGUAGACAUAACUAAAAACUCCUGCAGCCCAUAUUCAGAGGAACAUGGGAAUAAUGAUACAGAACGGAAUGGUAUUAAUGUCUGUCAAGAAAGUGAAAUAAUCGAAGUGUCAAAGAAUGACAUGAACACAAGCUUAGAUUUACUAAGAUAUACAGCUGUUCCAUCAUUCCAAGGCAAGAAGGUCAAGUCCAAACAGCUCACUGUAGAAGAACAAAUUAAGAGAGAGAGAUUCUAUCAUGAAAAUUAA